GUUGCGUCCAAUUAACUUGCCACCACAGGCCCACACCACUGCUCUUUUCCUCAACUUCGCCCACCCUUUUAAAGACCAGAAAGGCGGGAGAUGAUGCAGGUAGAGGUUGCAGUCACAACCCCACUCAGACACAGAAAAAAAAAAGAAAAAGACGAGAGCAAUUAGAGAGAAAUAGAAAAGGAAAAACAUGGAGAGAAACAAUGUGAACAUGGAAGUUUAAAGAAAAUAUGAGUUGAGAGAAAGAAGAGGAUUAUUGAGUUAAAACGGAAAUGACGACGGGAACAGUGCAAGAGCAAAAUCUGGAGAAGCGAAUAGGGAAACAAAUGGGAUGCAUGGCUGGUUUCCUUCAGAUAUUUGAUCGUCACCAGAUUCUUACCGGCGAACGCCCUUAUUCCACCAAGCGCCUCUCUCCCAUGCCGGUAAGUGAAACGACAUCGGAGCAAAAGAAGAUUGAGUCACCAGCAAUAUCAGGAGAAUUUGAGCAGCAGCCACACGUUCGAUCAGCACCAUCACCGGACCGUUCAAAGCAAUCUCCGGUUAUAUCGGAGCUCGGGUCUCCUAGCCCGGAACCUUCUACUCCGAUGGGAAGCCUGAACAAGACAUCUCUUCCCCUUCCUAUUUUCAAAGUCAAAGAAGGCAGCGCGAGGUCACCAUGGAAAUUCUCCAAAGAAGCUCCAAGGCUCUCUCUCGAUAGCAGAGCCGUCGUUGAUGCUAAAGGAAGCCUUAAGCCCCGAGAGAUCCGUACGAACGCUGCCAUUUUAUCUUCGAACCAAUGCGAAAGCAACAGCGAAGAAGACGGAGUGGAUGAUAACGACAAACAAAGGCGGUCGCCCAGCGUAAUCGCAAGGCUCAUGGGACUCGAACCGUUACCUUAUUCGGAUCCCGAUCCGAAUAGAAAAGCAGAGCUCCGAAGAUCCGCGUCGGAAGCUAGAGGUAGAGAUCUAUUUCAGUAUAGUUUUAUAGACGGAGUUAAUUUCCAUUUAAAACAGAGCCAGCAACUAAAUUUUCAGAGCGGAGGGGUUUCCAGCAAUGUAGUAAGAGAAAAUGGAGCCAAGCAAGAUCAUGUAAUAAGUAACAAAUCAGAAGGCUUAAGAAAUGCGAGAACUGAAACGGUUAAAGCUCCGGUUCGAGGAAUGGCCCAAAGGAAAUGUUUCUAUGAUUCAGCUGAUUUCUUUCCCGAGCCAAAACAGACUGUUUCCAUCUACAGAGAGAUUGAGAAACGGCUUAAGCUCAGAGGAAUCGACGAGCCGUCGAAAGAUCUCGAGACUCUUAAGCAAAUCCUUGAAGCUUUGCAACUAAAAGGCCUUUUACACACUAAGAAACCUCCAAAUCAAACGAAUAACAGGAAUUUUGUUUAUGAACAUAAACAAUCUCCACUUGUCAUUAUUAAACCGGGAAGAUCACCGGCUUCUGCGCUCAGAAGGAUUGGUAACGAUUCGACUCCUUUGAGUUAUAGAUCAAGACCUGGAGCUCACCGGAAUUUGAAUCUCGAGUCGGUGCCGACGAUGAGUCCGAGACGUGAUCGGAUGGAGAGUGAACAUAAUGUACAAAGCCAAAGCAGAAGUAGGGGUUCGAUUUCUCCGAUAAGGAGUGAGUGUGGCGUGAAGAGUCCUAACAGAAGGCCGUUGAGCGUUGAAACGCAGAGAAGAGGGAGUGGUAAUAUGGAGCAGAGAAGAGUGUCCCCGGUUCAGUCCCCUCGGGUUAAUGUGAGAAGAGCCGGGUUACAUCAGACGACGAAUAGAUCACCCAGAAACAGGAAGUCAACUGCUGAGAUUUAUCAGAAAGAAGAGAAGGUGGUAUUUAUUCCAGCGGAGGAUGAAACAUCCACUGUUUCAGAGAGUAGCAUUAGCACGUGUUCUCAAGCCGAUGCGGAGAGAUCGAAGGUGGAGGAAUACAAGGAAGGGAGGAGCCUCCUGGAAAGGUGUGAUAAGCUGCUUCACAGCAUAGCAGAGAUGACCGCUGCUUCGACUGGGUUGCAGCCGAGUCCGGUUUCGGUACUUGACUCGUCGUUUUACAAGGAGGAGUCGUCUCCUUCCCCUGUUAUGAAACUGAGCAUCGAUUUCAAAGAUCAACUUGUUGAAUCAGAGGAUGAUACGUGGAGUCCUGCAAUCUCAUCUGCUGAUUCAAAUUCUGAAGAUAAAUCAGAUGAUUGUGAUUUUCUCUACAUUUCCGAUAUCCUCAGAGCAUCCAAUUACUUGCCUGAUGACUCUGAUGUCUUUUUGUUGCUUGAGAAGCAACAGUAUCGCAAGGGGAAAAACACAUCCAAAGUCUCCAAACUUCAAAGGAAGCUUAUAUUUGACACCAUCAACGAAAUUCUCAAUCGAAAGAGACAAUUACCACCGUGGAAGCUUAUCUCCUGUACAAGUUCAGCGUCUAGACAGGCAUCAUUGCAACAAAUUUGGUCCGAAUUCCAAAAGAUUCGGGAGAGGGACUCAUCAUCAGAUGACUUGUUUGAGGUCAUUUGUGGUGUGUUAAGAAAGGACCUUGCAGGAGAUGCUAUUAACGGUUGGGGAGAUAGCCCCAUUGGGAUGUCUGAAGCAGUCCUCGAGAUUGAACGUCUAAUAUUUAAAGACCUGAUCGGCGAAACCAUCCGAGAUCUCGCUGCUUUUGCUGGGAAAAGUAGUAAAAUCCCAGCACCUCGGAAGAAGUUGGUGUUCUGAAAGUGAGGAUGAAAAAGAGAGUGGC